AUGCCGAAGGAACAGGUUACGCCGCCAAAGAAGAAGACAGGCAGUAAGACGGAUAAGAAGGCGAGACCGAAAGCCGAUGCAGCGGAUGGUCUGUCGGGCGAGGGUCCGAUUCAAGAGACUCGCGCAGAACUCUUAGCGAAGAUCCAAGCUGUGGAGCGCGAAGCGGUCAAGGCCAACGAGCACAGAAACUAUAUGCAGCUCGAGCGCGACAAGAUCGAUUCAUUUUGGGAAAUCACCAAAGCAGAGCUCGAGUCUACUAAAGUCGACUUACGUGAUGCUCAGCGCGAGCUGGAGGUGGCCGGCGAACAGCACGAGAUGGAGCUGCGUCUACAGACUCAUAAGCUCAAGCAAGUCAAACACGAGCGUUUGGAGGCGGAAUCAAAGGUUCGCGCACAGUACGACCAGGCAGAAGCACAACUGCGGGAGGACUGUCGAGAUCGACUGCAAAUCAAAUCUCAAGAACUUGCGGCGAUGGAGGCGAAAAUUCGCGAGAUUCGUCGCGAGCACGAAGAUCGUCGCCGAAGACUAAAAUUAGAGCACGAUGCGAAUUUAGGCGCAGCGCGAAAGCAGUUUGAGCAGAGUGCCUCGGAGCACGUGAACAAAGUCGAGCGAGAAUCGUUUGACGCCAUGAAUUCCUUCAAGUGUCGCGUCGAAAAGCAGCUCGCUGACACUGAGGCGAGAUAUUCAACCUACAUUGAUGAGCUCGUCGAAACGCACACAAAGGCGUACGACGAACUCAAAGAGUACUUCAACUCGCUGACAGACACGCACGUCGUUGAGAUUAAUCGACUUGACCAACGUCUGAAUGCGAAAGAAGAGAGAUUACACAAGCAAGCCCUAGAGUUAAACGAGAUUCGUAAGAAAAACGCAGCGCUUGUGGUCCCGCUGACGCAAGCCGAACACAAAUGCGAGGAAUAUAGAAAAAAACUUCUUCAUUCCGAGCGCAAAUGCAAACACCUCCAGUAUAGCGAGAAAGCCCUACACGACAUACAGAGCCAAUUGAAGAGUUCAAAAUGGCAAAAUGAGAUUUUGAUCCAAAAGUUGGAGAAAAGCGAGGAAGAUUUAGAAGCUCUGAGGCAUGAAGGGAUGUCGCGUCGGUUCUGCGCGCCAAGUUUUACGAAGACGAUAAAGUAG